AUGAAGGUUCUAGGAUUGGAUGAGAUUUCCCCGGGUUCAAAGUAUCUACCAAAAUCGAAAUCUGAGGUUUCGAUUAAGCGAAAUACACCACAUUCUCAUUCUUCAAAUUCGAAGUCAAAUAAAUCAGAAGGCCAUGAAGAUAUAUUUGCUCCUGCAGAACCUGGCCAUGAUAAUAAUCAAAGCGAGGAACGGAAUGGACCGAUACGGAAGAAGUGGAGAGCAAAAAUCGCAGAACUUGAUAAAAAUAGACCUUUUGGCAAUUCAUUGACCGAUCGUUUUGAACGAAGACACACAUACCUUCGAAUUUCAAUAACAGAGCGAUGUAAUUUAAGAUGUACUUAUUGUAUGCCAACUGAUGGUGUUGACCUUACACCUUCCAAUAAACUUCUAACUACCGAGGAAAUCAUACGAAUUGCAAAAAUAUUUGUCUCCCAAGGCGUUAAUAAGAUCAGGCUUACAGGCGGUGAACCUACUGUAAGAAGCGAAUUGGGGAGGUUAAAAUCACACGGUUUACAGACGAUCGCUAUGACUUCUAAUGGAAUAGCAUUGAAACGGAAAUUGCCCGAACUUGUUGAGAAUGGAUUGAAUCUGUUGAAUCUUAGUUUAGAUACUUUGGAUCCAUUCAAAUUUCAAUUGAUCACACGUAGAAAAGGCCUUGAAAGAGUUUUGGAAACAAUUGAUCAAGCUAUUGAAUUGGGCCUUAAACCUUUAAAAAUCAAUUCGGUGGUUAUAAGAGGAAUAAAUGAAAAUGAAGUAUUAGAUUUUAUAGAGUUGACGCGAAACAAGCCUAUUUAUGUAAGGUUCAUUGAAUAUAUGCCAUUUAAUGCUAACAAAUGGAAUGAGAAAAAAUUUAUACCAUAUAAAGAGUUAUUGGAUAAUAUUAAAUCCAGAUAUCACACCAUUCGAAGGUUACCUGAUGAUUUAAAUGAUACUUCAAAGGCAUAUUGUAUACCUGGAUUUACUGGAAAAUUUGGAUUUAUUACUUCCAUGUCAGAUCAUUUUUGUGGAACAUGCAAUCGAUUAAGAAUUACCGCAGAUGGCAACUUGAAGGUUUGUUUGUUUGGAAAUACAGAAGUAAGCCUUCGGGAUUUAUUACGACAAAAUGUUUCUGAUCGAGAGCUAUUGGAAAUUGUUGAAGUGGCUGUUAAAAAUAAGAAAAAACAGCAUUCUGACGCAUUUGAAUUGGCUAGAACAAAAAACAGACCAAUGAUUCUAAUUGAGAUAUUAAAUAAGAUCGAUAAGCCAAGGACAAUUUAUUGUGGGUUAGAUCCAACAGCCAAAAGUUUACAUUUAGGAAAUUUAUUAACUUUAAUUGGAUUAUUACACUUUAACAUUUGUGGACAUCGUAUUAUAGCUUUGAUAGGCGGAGCAACAGGAUUAAUUGGAGAUCCAUCAGGUAGAAAAUCAGAAAGACAAACAUUACCAAUAUCAACAAUAAAAGAAAAUGUUAAUUAUAUUGAAAUACAAACAAGAAAAAUCUUUAAUAAUAGUAGAGAUUAUGCAAAAAAAUAUGGACAUGAAUUCAAUAAUAAUAAUCAAAAUGAUGAUGAUAUUUUAAUACUUAAUAAUAUCAAUUGGUUUAAGAAUAUGCCAGCUUUAGAUUUAUUAAGCGAUAUUGGGAGAUAUUUUAGAUUGGGAGGAAGUGAUCAAUGGGGAAAUAUUACAUCAGGGAUAGAUUUAAUUAAUAAAAAGAGAUCUGAGAAUAUUAAUAAUGUUGAUGUUUAUGUUGAUAAACAAUCAACUGCUUUUGGUUUAACAAUGCCUUUAUUAACAACUUCAUCUGGUGAAAAAUUUGGUAAAUCAGCUGGUAAUGCAAUUUGGUUAGAUGAUGAAUUGACAACUCCUUAUGAAUUUUAUCAGUAUUUUAUGAAAGUAACUGAUCUAGAUUUAAAAAAAUAUCUUCAAAUGUUUACACUUUUGGAUUUGACAGAAAUUAAAAAAAUUAUAGAAAAACAUAUGCAAUCACCAGAAACUCAUUAUGGACAAGAAAUAUUAGCAUCUGAAGUAACAGAAUUGGUACAUGGAAAAUCAGGUUUAAAUGAGGCAAAAUUAUCAACAAAAAUUUUAUUUAAUUCUCCAGAAAUAAUAAAUUCUCAAUUAUUAUUAUCAACAUUUGAAAAUAACAAGAAUCAACUAAUUAAACUAUCAAAAACCUCAGUGAUAAACAGUACAAUAGAUAAAUUGUUGGUAUUAUCAGGUGUAUGUAAGUCACGUAGUGAGUCAUACAAAGUAAUAAAAUCAGGUGGAUUGUAUUUGAAUAAUGUUAGAAUUGAAGAUGUGAAAUAUUUGAUUGAAAUUAAUGAUUUUUUUGAUGGUGUUGUUUGCAUUUUAAGAGUUGGAAAAUCUAAAUAUAAAUUAGUUCAAAUUGUUGAUUAA